AUGAUGUCGACGUCCGACGCUUGCGCGCCAUGUGGCAUGCCUGAUGACCUCACUGGACCUGCUCCUUUCGCCAUCUUGGCCUGCUUCUCACCGACCUCUCCAAUCCAACUCUACCAGAUCCUGGAUACUGAUGUGGUCACGGCCGGGCCUCCACUGUCAUCCCGACUCAUCCGCCUCCUCCGAUCACCUUGCCUCAACGGGCUGUAG